UGGCAAGGUCGAUGCUGAUGUUGAUGCGGAUGUGGAUGUGGAUGUCGCAAUAGCCAGUGGCGUGCGACAAGAGGAAUGCGAAGGGGUUUAAGACGAUGAGGAGAAGGAUGAUGAUGAUGAAGAAGAUGAAGAAGAGGGACGAAGCGGGCGAGACAUGAUAAAAAAGGCGGCGGCGGCGCACCAGACGACGAUAUGAGAUGAGGAGAGAGAGAGAGAGGGGAGAGCAGACGAGCAGGAGAGAGAGAGAGAGAGAGCGCGCAGGGAGAGCAGUCGAGCAGGAAGAGCUCCGAGCUUCAGAACCAGGAGAGCCUAGAGAGAGAGCAGGCCUCUUUCUCAACAACGUCUGCAGGGGGGCACGGUCCACAGUCAAGGACGGUCCACGGGCCACGGGGCAAGGUGCCGGGAUUGUAUUGUGGAGGAGAGAGAGGAUGAGGGUGUUUGUGGUGAGAGAGUGAGUGAGUGAGUAGUACGUCUAAGUAAUUAGUAAGUGAACGACGAGUAGGGAUGAGAGAU